UAGUACUAAUUAUUAACAAUAAGAGGGUGCGGAAAGAAAAUGGCGUCGUCCAUACACGAGGUAGAAGAAGACUGUGUCAAAUAUUGGCUUUUUCCUAACCUUUCGGCUUCCAGGGAUGAUUUAACAAGAAAACAUCUAUUGGAAAGAUAUCUAGAAGAGUACAUUGCUAAUUUGGGUCCUUAUCUAAUUAAUUAUAUUUGGCAGAAUGAACCGUUUCGACUGAGCAUUGUGCACAAUGAUACGGAAGAAAUGCCUGCUCAUUUAGAAGGUUCUACAAAAUUUGGUGACAAUAUUGAAGAUGAAUGGUUUAUUGUAUUUCUUCUAAUGCAGUUAACUAAAGAAGAUGAACAUUUAGUUGUGAAAGUGAAGGAUAAUGAUGGUGAAUUUCUACUUAUUGAAGCCGCAGAAUCACUGCCAAAAUGGCUUAAUCCUGAUACAAGUGAAAAUAGGGUAUAUAUAUAUCGACAAAACAUUAACAUUAUCAGCAGUACUCAAGUUCCUGCUCAAUCAUCUGUUCCUACUGAAAAGCCAAAAAUUUCAGAUUGCAUUAAAGCUGUUGUCAGUACCUCAUGUCCUACUAAAGCAAGUCAAGCAAUUCAACAAGCUAUAAAAUAUCGAAUAAAGGGGUAUGUGAUUAACUUCAUUACUGAUCUUUCCGCAUGCAGAGUUAUGAAAUAUUUUCCUCCUGAAACUAGAGUAAUGGCACAAGUGACAUUCACAAGAUGCUUAUAUGCACAAUUAAUUCAGCAACAGUACUCACCUGAUAGAAGAGUUGGUUGGAAUAUGCCAUCACCUACAAGUCCGGAUUUUAAAUCACAUGAUUUAGGAAUGAAACUUGCUUGUGGAUUUGAAAUAUUGGUAGCAAAUACAGAACAAUCAUCUAAAAUCAACUUAACCUUGCCUGAAGAUGUUGACUUUUCAGGUGAUAAUCGAUGGAUGAGAUAUUUACAGACACUUACGGAUAAAGGUUAUUUUAGAGGAGAAUUAGAAGGUUCUCUUCUUUAUCAGAAAUUGCUGAAAGAAGCUAAAUAUUUUUAUUGUGAGAAUUUUGUAAAAACAAGUAAAAAUGAUUUUCUGACUCCAGGAGCCAAAAUUUUACAUUUGUUGGAAACAUUGUCUAUUAAUUAUGAAGAGUUGAAAGAAGAAGAAAAAAUGCUAAAACCUCCAGAUGAUGAUAGCUGGUUGGAAAUCAAACCUGAAGAACUUGAUAAAUUACUUUCUGAAUAUUCAAAGAGAAGUGAAUGUAAAAGAAAUUCUUUAUCUGGAAAUGAAAAGCAAUUGACCGAAACCAUAACUGAAAGUUUAAAAUCGUUUAUUUAUCACAAGUCUGAUUUUGAAGGUGCAGAAAUUCCAAAAUCUAGAAGUCAAAAGAAAGAGAGUUUUGAUCCUGAGCAUUUUACAGAUCCAAUGAAUUCUAUUUUGGACUUUCAUGUUCCUGACUCUGAUCAUAGUUCUAGUUCAGAAAUGAGUGGAUAUAGUGAUGAAGAUGAUGGAAUGGAUUUUUCUGAUGAAAGUAUGAAUAUUUUAAUCACAUGAGAAUGUAUUCAAAAAAAUCAAAAGUACUUAAUGAUGAUUACAGUUAAUUUAGAAGUGAAAAUAUGAUAUAAUUUAUGCAUAUUAGGCUCAGGUUGUGGUGAAUAGUGUCAAAAUCACCACUUGGUAAUAUUUUUAUUAAAGUGGCAAACUACAAAUUAUAAAUAUAUUAACAAAAAAUUAUAAUAUUGGCAAUUACAAAUGGCAAUAAAAACCUGUCUGCUUGUCUCGACAUUCAGCGUGAAAUUGAAUCACAAAUCACACUUCAGGAAAAACAGAAAAAUGUCGAGCUUCCGUACAAUGGGAGUCCUAUGCACCAUACACCUAGAGUGCAUAUACUUUUUGAAUCUGAUCCAAAAUUACUCUAAUCAUUGAAAUCCUGUAUACAAAUGAACUAUAGCAAUCUGAUCAAAUGUAUACAAAUGCCAUCAAUGAUCAACUGAAUUGCAAUCAAACUAAUCUGAAUGGAGGGUAGGAUUGUUUGGAUUGGAUAAAAGUGAUUAAAGAUGGCGACAACCAUGGUUAAAGUCAAGCUUAUAGUUGACUGCAAAGGAAUAUGGUU